AUGGUGGACCACAGUCUAGGAUGGCUCAGCACAAUGAAUGUGCUCACCACAGCAUUGCUUCUAGUCACCCUGCAGUAUUGCCAUGCUCUGAGUCCCACCAACUGUGAUGCUUCCGAGCCUUCGGCUGAGAAAGUUCUAGACCUGAUCAAUAAAGGGCGGAGGAAUGGCUAUGCUUUCGAGCUGCUUCGAGUCUCUGAUGCUCACCUGGACAGAGUGGGAAAUGCCACCGUCUACUACUUAGUCCUAGAUGUGAAGGAAUCUGACUGUUGGGUCUUAUCCACAAAAUCCCGGGAUGUCUGUCUUCUGGCUAUUUCUGGUCGGCCAUCUGAAAUAGUGAUUGGACAAUGCAAGAUAAUUGCUACAAGAUACUCAAAUGAGUCUCAAGAUUUUAGAGUGAAUAACUAUAACUGCACCACAAGUUCUGUCUCUUCAGCCCUAAGCAACACCAAAGACAGCCCUGUGCUCUUGGAUUUCUUUGAGGAUUCAGAGCUUUACAGAGAACAAGCCAAUACUGCCCUCGACAAGUACAAAGGGGAGCAUGGCGACUUUGCCCCUUUCAGAGUGGAACGAAUAGAGAGGGUUAUAAGAGCGAGAGGAGGUGAAAGAAGCAAUUACUACUUGGACUUUUCUAUGAGGAACUGUUCCACACAGCAUUUCCCCAGAUACCCUCCCGUCUUUGGGUUCUGCAGAGCAGUUUUGUCCUAUGAUGUAGAAGCCUCUGGUUUGGAAGCCCCGAAAGACACUGAAAUAAACUGUGAAGUCUUCAACUUUGAGGAAAGAAACAUGAGCCAUGAGUGUUCUUAUGGCAAACAUCUGUGCAAGUUCAGUGGAUCCAGGGGUCGUCAUCAUACCCACAAGAUGUAUGAACAUGGCUACCUACCUCCACCAGAAGAUGACUCAGACAGGCCACCACUUCAAGACGGAUCCCUCCCACAACCGCCCCCUCGCCAUUCCUCUCCUUUUGGUACCAACAGAACCCAUAGACCCCCUCAUAAUCAUGGUUGUAAUGAGCAUCCUUCCCAUAGACACCAUCCCCAUGGACACCAUCCCCAUGGGCAACACCAUCCUCAUGGACACCCUCCUCAUGGACACCCUCCCCAUGGACACCCUCCUCAUGGACACCCUCCUCAUGGACACCCUCCCCAUGGACACCCUCCUCAUGGACACCCUCCCCAUGGACACCCUCCUCAUGGACAUGAUUUCCAUGACUAUGGACCCUGUGAUCCAUCCUCCAACAGCCAAAAAUUCAAAGGGCAGUAUCGCCAGGGACAUGGCCCACCACAUGGCCACUCACGAAAAAGAGGUUCAGGUAAAGGACUCUCUCCUUUCCACCACCAAGAAAUCGGAAAUGUCUACCGACUCCCUCCACUAAGUUCUAGUGAAGUUUUAGAUAUUCCUGAAGCCAAUUUCCCCAGCAUCUCACCACCAAAUUGCAACAAUCCCCUCCAACCAGAAAUUCAGUCCUUCCCCCAGGCAGCCUCAGAGUCAUGUCCAGGGAAAUUCAAGAGUGAGUUUCCACAAAUUCAUAAGUUUUUUGCAAAUAUGCCUCCAAAAUAAAACCUGAUUCCUUGGUGGGGAGAAAAUGGACAAUGUUCUGAAUAAAUAAAAUGUGAACAGUAAGAAAUGAAAGGUGUAGUUAUUUUAACUUCACCUUCAUACUUAGGGAAGUAUGGGAA